AUGAUGCGGAUAUCACUGCGUCUGCUGCCCGGAGGAAGUGCAGCGGAAAUGCGGCUGGCAGUAAAUAAAUCGGCGUCUGAGAGUCUGAGAAUUGGUCGGCCAGUCAAUGCCCCUGGGAGGAACUGGUCAUUGAUUGGAUUUCGCUGGCUUAUCCUAUCCUUCAUUAUCGCAUGCUGGGUCUCAGCCAUCAUCGAUGUCCACCACUGCUCGGUGAUUGUCUACCACUAUUCGGGUACUCCAAACUGUGAUUUUGUGAAAUAUGAAGCUGUUAUGCUUGCGGGGUCUCUGCUAGUGUCUAUCGUUUUAAUAUUGGGAUUUAUCUUGCUGCUCUUUCAGAACUUGAAGACAUUGCGCACUUACUUGACAGGUCUGCUGGCCUGUAGCUGGCUGCAGCUAAUGAUCAACAUGGUGCUGACACAGACCUAUCCGCUCGUCCACGAAGUCCACGCAAAAUGGGCUAAAGGCGAGAGCCUCACUAGCUAUGAGAUAAAGUACAAGUGCUGCGGCGCCCUGGGCCCCGAUGAUUAUCUGCUCGCAUAUGGGGAAUUACCGCGCAGCUGCUUCACCGCUGAAAGCCGAACGACCCAUACUCUGCAUUCCACGGGCUGUCUCCAUGCGAAUGGAAAAGGCGAGCGAUUCAUUCACCUUGAGCUAAUCACUCCGAUUUUACUGUUAGUGCUCAUCGUGAUGAUGACCGUUUUCUAUUGCUAUCUGAGGCGAAUCAAGGCGCCCAAACGCAGCUGUCAAGAAUUGCGUGCGGACUGCAUCUUUCUCUAGUGGCAAAUUGAAUUUGCAUUUGGAAGACAAAUUGGAUGGCAUUGACAUAGGGAAUUGGAUGGGAAUUUCAAUGGGAAUUGAUAUUGGCAGGGACUUACACUUCUCAUAUUUCACCGGCUGCAAUCAAUAACGAUAAACACUCGAGUGUCUGCCUGGCUAGCUGCUUGGCUGGCUGCCUGAAUCCUUGUUAGCCAUUGUCCGAGUGUCCGUGUAUCCGAGCUCUGCUCGCUCUGCAUAUGCAUGAGCCAAUAAAGAAAUCAACAAAGGCGAAUUGAAAACUAUUGCAAAUACCCAAACAACAGCUCGGACAGCUAACCAGCUGAAUACUCGGAAACAAUAUACAAAAGCGAAAUGCAGCCAGGCGACUGAGCACAUAUUCAAGGACAAUCGGAUGACUUGGACCAGGAUGUUCGAGAGUUUUUACAUAUUUCAGCUGUCUGUCUGUCUGUGUGUCUGUGUGCAUAUACAUUUUAUUGUUGUCAACAUUAAAUGAAAAACAAUUUUCU